AUGGUUCAUUCAAUCUAUUAUGCUAAUAAUAAAUGUCAAGAACAAAAUACCAUAAAAGAAAUGGCUUUUACACGAAAAAUAACGCCUCAAAGUUGUAAUAGUAUAAUUGUAUUAGCUCGUGAUGCUUCGACAGUUAUUCAUCCACCAACAGAUCAUUCACAUACACCAGAUCCAAUUCAAGCAAAAGUUGAUGAAUUUAAAAAUACGUGCAAAAAACGUGCAAGAGAAGAAACAACACCAGUAUCCCAAAUUCAUAAACAACAAUCAGUUAAAUACAGUUUAAAACACAAUGACGUAUCAUUUUUACCAUCAUAUUCAUCAAUUGAUUCAUCAUUUUAUCGUGAACGAUUAAAAUAUUGUCCAAAAUAA